AAGACGCGAAGCAGGAAGGAGGCCGAGAUAUUGUGUAGCUGCUCGCAGACAUGUCGGACUUCCAACAGUUCAACUCCCUGAAUAUCAAUUCGCUACAGGAGCCCGUCCUUCAGAAACUCUGCGAUUUGUUAGAGCAGAAAAGCGACAAAGGUUGGCGGAAACUCGCUCAUGUGAUCGCAAGCGACAGCCGCUUUAAAAUCAGUUCUCAAGAGCUCUACCAAUGCUCCCUCAAAGUGAUGAUGCCCGAUGGAAGUCCCGCCCGCAGUUUGUUAAAAUUAAUGGGGGAACGAGGAUGCACCGCAAAGGAUCUCACUGAUUUCUUACAAACUAUUGGCCAGUCAGAAGCGAUUCAGUUGCUGAAGCCUCCAGGAAUUAAAGUCAUUGUGGAGCCUGAAUCAAUGGCCGUUUUAUCUGGACAAAUGGUAAAGCUGAGUUGUGUUGGCUCUGGCCACCCUUUUGUCAACUAUCAGUGGUUCAAAGGGCAAAAAGGGGUCCCACUGGGAAACUCAUCAGAGCUGGUAUUUAAUCCUGUCCAUGGGCAUGACGCAGGGUCUUACACCUGUCGCGUAAACAAUGGUUAUUCGUACGACUUCAGUACGUGGGCUCACCUAGAUGUGGUUGAGAGUGAUCUGAAAAGUCAUGCAGGACUACCUGGAUUACCCGCCCAUAAAGUACAGAUCUGUACCCACCCUCAACCCCAGAGGCUCAUGGCAGGAGAACAGCUGGUUUUGGAGUGCGCUGCUGUUGGAAAACCCCUUCCCUGGUACCAGUGGUACAGAAAUGGCGUUGCCUUAAAAGACGGAACCAAGAAACAGUACACGGUUUCCAGCAUCUCUGAGGAGCACCAGGGGUUGUACUACUGCAAGGCGACAAAUGGGAACGAGUCAGAAUUAAGUAGAGAGGUUGACGUUGUUUUAGGAACUGAGAAGCUCUGGACAAAUACAGCAAUGGAGUGCACAGAAGAGGAAUUAACCAGCCUUACAAUUUCUGAAAAAGAAAACGAAGAGCUUUUUGCUGUAGACAAAGUGGCUCUGCUGAUAGGCAACAUGUCGUACAAACAUCAUCCUCAACUCAAAGCCCCAAUGGUCGAUGUUUAUGAACUAACAAACCUUCUGAGGCAGCUGGAUUUUAAGGUGGUGUCUCUGCUGGACCUGACGGAGCUGGAAAUGAAGAGUGCGGUGAAUGAAUUCUUACUUCUGCUGGAUAAAGGCGUGUAUGGUUUAUUAUAUUACGCAGGCCAUGGGUAUGAAAACAAUGGUAACAGCAUUAUGGUGCCCAUAGAUGCGCCCAAACCUUACCGACACUCCGACUGUCUCUGGGUCCAGAAGAUCUUAAAACUGAUGCAGGAGAAAGAAACCGGCCUCAAUGUUUUCCUUUUGGAUAUGUGUAGGAAACGGAAUCAGUAUGAUCACUCCAUUUUAAUUCCAGAGAGCCUGAAGGUGACCGCAAACAUAGUGUUCGGAUAUGCUACGUGCCAGGGGGCCGAAGCUUAUGAAAUUCAACACCCAGAUUUAGCCAAUGGAAUAUUCAUGAAAUUCCUAAAGAAGCGCUUGUUGGAGAAUAAAAAAGUCACAGUUUUACUGGAUCAGGUGGCAGAAGACAUGGGCAAGUGUCAGCUGACGAAAGGAAUGCAAGCUCUUGAAAUCCGUAGCAGCCUAUCAGAGAAAAGGGCCUUAACUGAUCCCAUACGACAAACGGCAUGUUCUCCGGAGUCGCUGGCACGGAACUUGCAAUGGGCAAAGGCGCAUGAGCUUCCUGAAAGCAUGGCAAUCGAAUUUGACUGCGGUGUCAAAAUCAAGCUUGGCUUUGCUGCUGAGUUUUCCAACGUUAUGAUCAUUUACACGCGAAUAACAGAGAAGCCAGCAGGAAUAAUUAACUGUAAAGCGAACAUUACUGACUUCCCAUUAGACUUGAAUGUGGAUCCAAAAGAAACAAACAAAGGAACUCCGGAGGAAACUGGAAGUUACUUGGUGUCCAAAGAACUGCCCAAAUGUGGCUCAUACACUUCAUACACUCGGCUAAGCUCCCUGCAAACCAUGAAGGAGAACUUAACGUUCACAGUAUGUCUGAGCUACAUGUAUCAAGGGAUCGAAGAGAUGUUGGAUGAGAGCAAGAAAGUCGACGUUGGAAAACCUCUUAUAGCAAAGCUAGACAUCCACUCAGGAAAUAGAAGGAACUUAUCUGUACAGACUUUGCACAGUCCUUGCCGCAGUCCAGAACUUGGCUUGGGGGUCGCCGAAGCCUCUCAUGUUUGUUCAAGCCCCCUCUAUUCUCAAUCACAUUUCAACGCCUAUCACUCAAAUGUAAGAACUGCUGUGAACCCUGGGACCUGUCCGGCAGAAAUCUAUUCAGGUUAUUCUACAGUUAGCAGGCGAUCAAGGUACUUCCCAGAGCCUAUAAUAACGUAUAAUGUGCCAGAGGAAACCACAGACGAUAACAACUGAUUUUACCCAAAAACAGACUUCAUCCUGCCUUUUUUACUCCAUUGUAUAUAAAUGUUUUUGCCACGUUCCAAUGUUCUAAUCCUAUUAAUAAUAUCAGUAUUCAUGGAUGCAUGUAAUUAUCAUGUGGGUCUCAGUGCCAUUUUAUGUUAUAAAUUGAGUGUAAAUAUUAUAUAUAUAUAUAUAUGCUGCUAGAUUUACACAAAGGAGAAUUUCAAGCAAAAGUUUUCUGUACCUACAAAUUUACUUGUAAAUACUUACUUGAAAUAAAAAUGAAUGA